AAUUUCUCCAAGGAUUGCCUUGGUUAGACUACCUUGGCGUAUACGUUAAUCAUGAAGCAGAAGAUAGUUAUCAGUGUAAACAUGGGGUGUAACAAAUGCAGGGUCAAGGCUCUAAAGGUUGCUGCAACAACAAAUGGUGUGGUUUCAGUUGCAGUAGAGGGUGCAGACAAGGAUAAGCUCGUGGUGAAAGGGGAUGGGGUUGAUUCAGCGGAGUUAACUCGCUCGUUGAGAAAAAAAGUUCGGGCUGCUACCCUUUUGAGCGUGGAAGAAGAGAAGGAAAAGGCUGAGAAGGAAGAGGUACCAACUCCGAUGCAAUAUUGGUAUCCUUAUCCUCCAUGUGAACUGAUAAUUUACGAAGGAAACCCCAGCAUUUGUCCCAUGUUCGUGUGGUAGAGCGUUGUGAACACCAUUGCUGCAAGUCUGUUCAAUGCAAUUAUAUGCUUUCCAUUUCUGUUCAUAUGUAUGUUUGCAUUGAGCAGUGUCUUGGGACUCUGAUAUCUUGGUUUUAAUGUUUAGAUCCAUGAAUAAAAUCGCAAAGCUUCCA